AUGAAUGGCCGAGCAAGUGAUCCGCUCCCACCCAGUCCUGAGGAGUCCUCCGCUGUCCUCCACGCCUCCCGACGCCAAUGGACCUCACUCCUCAUCCGUGCCCUUUCCGCUCAAAGCUUUCCUUCGUCUUGCCUCAAUCUCAGCAGCCUCCUCCACCAAACACCAGCUCUCCCAAGCCGCGCAAAAAUCGAAGAGCUAGUCAGUGACACCUCAACAUAUCUCGAGGGAUUCUCGGUCUGGGGCCUUGACGCGCCUCUGUGUGAUCUCGGCGGAAAUAUCAAGAAAUCAGCACUGCAGAAAAUCAUUAUCGGAUCUGUUCGCCCAACCUUUUGCCACUUCUCAAACGAAUUACCUUCGGAGUGGUCGGGCAUUGAGGGAUGUCAUUGCACUAGCGGGAACGGAAACUACUUGUUCGCCUUUGUUUUGGGCUGGGCUUACGUGCUUUCCGCACGGCUGAUCGAGCUGCGAAAAGAGUCAGAGCAAGACCAUAUCAGCUACACUGAAGAGAAGGCCACAUGCGAUACCACUGCGACUCUGAGCAAUAGCGACAGUGGAGUCUUCAUAUCUAUUGGCGAAGCAGAUGUUGGCGAGUGUCGAUGGUGGGCUGCCGUCCUAGCCAAAGGGUGUGGAUGGCGCGCUGCUCUCAAACGUUCUGGUCGAGACUUUUAUCCCAUGUGGUCAUGCCAUCUAGCGAGUGGUUCUCCGCGAAUCCAGAUCCGCCAUGGUCAACUGAGGAGCUCUUCGCCUACGGCUUCCCACCCUCCAGCCUCGGAACAGGCGCAGCACUAUCUCUGCAAAUUCACCAAACUCCAUAACGCACAUGACCAGCUCUUGGCCGCAUUUGUUGCUGCACUGACAAUACCCGAGCAAGGAAGAUUCGGUGCUCCCAUCACCCUUCCUUGGCCAAUUCUACGCACGCAAGCCGUCGGCACACCAGUAGUCCAAACGAUCAUUCACCAUUGCUCAGACUUUUGUCAGGCAAAGAAAACCUACCACAUUUCAUGGCAUACAGCUGUCGUGACUUGCAACCUUGCCGGUGAAUGGCUACUCCCACCUGUGGAAGAAAUUGUUCCAAGUCUGCUGAAGGAGCGGCGAUACGAUGUUAUCGUCCGCAUGAUGGCCCAUCGUCGGCCGAACUCUGCACCACUCUGGCUAGGGUCCACAAUCACCGGCCUACUGCCCAGGUUGUUUGAGAUUGCUGGGAAUUAUCUGCCAACAAUAUCGCUUGAAUCCACUCAAUGGACCCAGUCUCCUCAGUCAUUCAUGGAUCCUCAGUACCACGGGAAGGUGCAGUGUUUGGAGGACAGCGACGGUUGCAAGCUGAUUCGCCGCGCGGAAGAGUUUCGCCUGAUGUACCUAACUGACAUUGAAUCGAGCCAAUAUGGACCACCACCAUUAUGUCCCUGGAAGCCUCUCGGGACAACGGCUCUCAAAAGUGCUACAAUCGAGGUUCAGAGUCACGCUCUUUGUGGACAUCGUUUGACAUACAACCACUGGGUUUGGCAAGGAAAUGGGCACGGGCACGUAAUCGAUGCAGGAAUCACAGUCAAACAAGCCAGAUCCCUGGCACCAGGAUUCAAUCUUCGAAUUUCAUAUUUACUGUAUCGACUCCGACUAAGAACAUGGUCGCACUCAGCGUUUAACAAUGGCAGACCAUCCAUGGCACUAGUUGCAGCUUCUCGUGGUGAGAAUUUGUCUCGGUUGGCUACUCGGAAUUUGUUCAACUGGACAUUGCGGGACGGAACCAAGCCUGAAGAAUCUGCAAUCUGGACCCAUGAAUGGCUCGAGGGCCUGAUCGAUGCUCUGGAUGACGAGGACGACGAGGAUGACACACUGGGACAUGAUACUUUAGAUUGA